AUGGUGAACAGAGGCCGGCCUUCUAAGGACUGUCUUCCUUGUAGGAAGCGGAAGCUCCGGUGCGACUUGAAGCUUGAAAGCUGCGGUCAGUGCCAGAGAGCCAAAAUCGUGUGCCAUGGAUACCGGAAUCUGCAGGACUUGGUCUUCCGCGACGAGACGGAUGCAGCUAGGCACAAGGUUUUAGCCCGCUCGAGGCAUUAUCCCGCUGAAGCAUCCUGUCUUCCCUUUUCCUUGUGGGGCCUGAGUAUGGACAUGACUACAUGCUGUCGAGAAACCUUCUUUUCACUGUAUCUUACAGGGUUUUCACACAGCUAUACCUCUCUCGUCACCCUCUAUACCCAAGCUCCAGCCACGGGGCACCUCGCGUGCAGUGUCGACGCAGUCAGUCUGGCCUUUACAGCUGUCCAAUUCGAGAGCCAAGAAAUCAUGAGCUUCGCAAAAAAGAGGUACGUGGCAGCCAUUCAGAACCUGGGUCAAGCUUUGCGAGACCCCAAGGCGCUCGAGAGCAACGAGGUUCUGCAAUCGGUCUUGGUCCUGGAUGUGUACGAGAAGUUAUCCAAUCGCGAAGCUCACACACGGCCUUCAUGGAUGAGCCAUGUCCAAGGAGCAAUGUCGCUGGUCGCAGCGCGGGGAUCCUUGAACUUCUCCAACCCAAUCGCUUGCCAGCUGACCAGAAGUGUGGUCACAACACUAAUCAUCAGUUGCGGAGCUGCCAUGGUCCCAGUUCCCGAAUCCAUAAUAUCAUUACGCAAAGAGCUCGACGUUUCUGGUGUGGACAAAAAAUGGGACUUUAUGGCCAUACUACUUCAUAUCGUGAAUCUGAGAGCCGAUGUCUAUCACGACGGAGGUGGCGACAGGACCAGGGUCGUUGAGAAGGCAAAGGAUAUUGAUCGAAAUCUAGCAAGCUUGGAGAAGACGCUACCGGAGUUUUGGAAGCCCGUAGUCGUCCUAGCGGCCGACAACCAUGGGCUACAGCUUCUCGAUGGGCAAUACGACGUCUACCCCAGCCAUUUUGCAACACAGCUUUGGAACACUUUGAGGGCAAUGCGUCUAGAGAUGGCCAAAAUUAUCAAAGAUUAUCAUCAGAGUUCCGAACCUGAUGCCUCUGAAACCAUCAACCGUAUUUCACGGCGAAUAUGCCACACGGUGCCCCAGUUCAUCCUUCCAGGGGCCAGACCAGACAAUGCAGAACCUUUCUCAUCUAUACAGAAGCUCCAGUGCAGGGCUCUGCUGGCGCCACUUUACCUCGCCGCGUGUGUUUCAACAGACACGCAUAUCCAGGAAUGGAUCUGCAAUUCCAUAGACUAUAUGGCAGAGAAGGGGAACAUCCGGGUAGCCAAAGAUAUCACCGAUAUGCUUAGGACAAGAUCAGAUAUCGACUAUUGGACUGUAUGGGCGAUGACGGGGUGUUAUGCAAUGACUGCAUGAGAGCAGCUGGGUUAUUGAAUAAACCACACGGACCUUCGGUGAUUUCUGAAUCUACCCGAAUGUAGUAUCGCUGCUAGGGCGCUUGCGUCUCUAUGGUU